AUGAUGACAUCCAAAGAAGUGGCCAAAUGUGAUGCAGUGGAAACCAGGAGGCGAAGUCCGCUGGACCACUUGCCUCCUCCUGCUAACUCCAACAAACCGCUGACCCCCUUCAGCAUCGAGGACAUCCUCAACAAACCGUCUGUGAAACGAAGUUACACAAUCUGCGGCACGGCUCAUCUCAUUUCGUCCUCAGAGAAGCACCGUCCGUCCAGCAUCCCUCUGUCCAGCCGGGCUCUGCUCACCCAGACCUCCCCGCUCUGCGCGCUGGAGGAGCUGGCCAGCAAGACCUUCAAAGGGCUGGAAGUCAGCGUGUUACAGGCAGCGGAAGGCCGGGACGGGAUGACUCUGUUCGGCCAGAGAAGCACCCCGAAGAAGCGCCGGAAGUCUCGGACGGCCUUCACCAACCACCAAAUCUACGAGCUGGAGAAGCGCUUCCUGUACCAGAAGUACCUGUCCCCGGCGGAUCGGGACCAGAUCGCUCAGCAGCUCGGCCUGACGAACGCGCAGGUCAUCACGUGGUUUCAGAACCGGAGGGCCAAGCUAAAACGGGACCUGGAGGAGAUGAAGGCCGACGUGGAGUCUGCCAAGGCCAUCGGACAGGUCCCCUUGGACAAGCUCGCCAAGCUGGCGGACCUGGAGAAAUGCGCCAACGGCACUCUGGGCCACCCGCGAGGAGAGUCCCCCGCGCGGAGCGGCCAGCAGGAGCACGAGCUCGCUCAGAAACUGCGCUCGUCGCCGCUGUCUCCGUUUUCAGACCACACAACGAGUAAAGAGUGCUCGGAGGACGAGGACGUGGAGAUUGAUGUGGAUGACUGA